AGCCCUCAGGAGGGGCCUGCAGCCAUGCUGCUCCCGGAAGGACGGGAAAAGGAGGGUAGCAUUCAGAGGCGCUGCUCAGCCCGAGGGCUGGGAGGCAUUCCUGUCUGCCAGCAGCUUCGGGUGAGAAAGCUGCCAUGAGGACUUUUGAGGAACAGACAGCAUGUGUUGUGGAAGCCUUAUUUGAUGAUCUCCUAAACGAGGAUGAAGCCGAUUUCCGAUGCCUGCAGACAGACUCAGGAGGGUCCGUGCAGUCUGAGGAAGAGCCAAGUGGGUUUGACCCCGUUAUUAUUGCCAGUCGUCUGCGGCAGAUCGGCGAUCAGUGCAACAUGGAUUUUGAAAGGGUUUCCUCACAGGUUCUUCAUGAAGUUCUCAUGGGGAAGAUGGAGAAAUUUGGGGCUGCUGUGGAUUCUCUCUGCAAAAGGUGGAGUGACCAGAACCCUGAGCUGGUCUAUGAGAGAGCUUUUCUCUCUGUUUCUGUGAAACUGAUGAUGUAUAUUCUUAAGAAAGGAGCUGCUAAUGUCAAUCCUGGUCACCUCGUAAAAGCAAUUAAUGAAAAUGCUCAAGUGAAAAACUACAUUGAGACCCUUGGAGGAUGGGAGAAGUUGGACAACUGAGAGACAACCUUCCAGAAUGUGAAGCUGGGAUUUUCAUUGAUUUAACUGGGACAAUUGCUUUUGUAUUUCUUCAGGAGAUUGCUAGAAGAACCAUAAUUUGUAAAGAAAUUCUGUAUCACUACGAAUAAAAAGGAAUAAAUGUUUGCUGUUA